AUGAUACCAGAAUCAGGAAAGAAACUAAUCAAGUCCACUCGAUUCCUCCAUUUAGCUACCAGCCACAAUGACUUUCCUCAUGUUUCAUUGAUGAAUUACACAUACUAUGAAGAUGGGGAUAAUCAAUUCAUCGUUAUUUCCACACCCAAGGAUACUACGAAGUAUGAGAACAUUACUAAGAACAACAAAGUAUCCAUGUUGAUUCAUGAUUGGAUCAGUGACAAGAAAGAAGAAAAUGGUAGAAGAAACUCUUUAUUCGAGUUAAUCACCAAUCUCAACAAGAAUGAAUUGAAUUCAGUGUCAGUGAUGUUAAAUGGUGAAUGUAAGGUGUUACAACCCACUGAUGAGAAAUUUCAGUUCUUUAAAAAUUUACAUUUGAACAAUUCCAACAUCGAUAAUAAACAAUUGGAUAACUAUGCUAACGAUGAAUCAGCAUUGGUACUUAUUACUAUUUCCAAUUGUAAAAUCACUGAUAUUAAUGAUAACAUCCAAGAAUAUUAG